GUCAUUUCCGGUACACAGCGCCACCUGUUGAACGUUAAAGAUGUCACGAUUUUAGAGAUUUACCACUACCUGAUUCGGAAAAUGAAAGGAUUUUUUGGAAAUUGCUUAGUCUAUGAUGACUAUAGAUGAUUUUUAUGUCGAUAAGGCAAAGGAAUCGUUGAUUGAGGCGUAUAAAGAGAGGAUCUAUCAAGCCUUUCAUGUAAACAUCACUUUCUGUCAUGACGGAGAUAAGCUGUCUACGAAAAUAUGCAUGUCAUCCUCGGACGAAAAUGGCACAUCGAAAAACGUUAAAAAGGCGAAAACCUAUUUGGAAUCACUAACUGCUGAUGGGGAGACAUUGAGCCGCUGUAUUCAGACCCUUCCAACAUCUUAUUUCACCAUGGUCCAGGAAUUACAAUCAACCAUUGAACGCGACUCCCAAGCAGUGGUAGACCUUUCAAAGGAAAACUCCCAUGUCUGUAUCUUCGGUAAGAAAGAAAAUGUCAGCAUCGCCCAGGCUCUGAUAGAUCAACUAGUGAAGAAACAGGGCAGUAUAGAACCUUACAUUGAUAUUCACUCUCAUGCGAGAGAUAAGGGCCAAGAUGGGAGAAAGUUUCAAAAAGGGUCUGAAUUAAUAUCCACAAAUGAUGACAAAAGUAAUGUGGAUUCUAUGAAUGAAAAUGGAAAUGUACUUUGUGAAGAGGAUAGGGAAACUAGUGAUGUGUCUCAUUUAAAACUACAAAGUUCAGAAAGUAUUAGCAGAGUUUCAACUGUAACUGGUCCAACGGAAAAGAGACAACUUCGGACACAUUUAGCCUUGAAAAGGACUGUGUCCGUGGGAAUGAGUCCAUUACCAUCGGAACUCACAGCUCCCAGCAAGUGUCUUCUGACAAAAACUAUGUCAUAUGGUCAUAAUGUAAAGUUAACUGAAAACUCUCUUUCAAAUUUAAAGCUAAAGCAUCAAUCGUCCACAUCUUCAGAAGAGGAUACUACAGAUGAAGAGGAAUACAACACAAAAAUUGAAUUUGCAUUAAAGUUGGGAUACUCUGAACUCCAGCUGGCUUCAGUGCUGAAAAAGCUGGGCAACAAAGCUGGGCAAAAUGAAAUUCUGUCAGAACUGAUCAAACUUAGUACCUCCACUGAUAAAGAGCCCAGAAGCUGUGAAGAGGAGAACCCCAACCUGUGUGCAUUGGAGGGUUCCUCUGAAAACCUCCUGGCUUUUACCUCAGAGAAUUGUUUUGACCUUUCGGAUUCUAACUUUCGUCCUAUUGUCAUAGAUGGCAGUAAUGUUGCAAUGAGUCAUGGUAACAAGGAAAUUUUCUCCUGUCGUGGAAUACAACUGGCUGUUGAUUGGUUCAAAGAUCGUGGUCAUAAGGCAAUCACAGUGUUUGUACCUCAGUGGAGGAAAGAAACAUCACGAGUUGAUGCCAAAAUUACAGAUCAAGAUAUUCUGUUUCAACUUGAAAAAGAGAAGAUAUUGGUGUUCACGCCGGCACGUCGCAUAGGGGGAAAACGAGUGGUGUGUUAUGAUGAUCGCUACAUCUUAAACUUAGCCGUUGACAGUGGGGGAGUUGUGGUGUCCAAUGACAACUAUAGAGAUCUUGUGACCGAAAAAUCGGAGUAUCGCAAAGUUGUGGAAGAGAGAUUACUCAUGUAUUCUUUUGUGAAUGACAGAUUUAUGCCACCAGAUGAUCCACUUGGCAGACAUGGCCCCAGUUUGGACAACUUCCUGUCUAAAGAGCCAAGACAGCCGGAGCCCCUCCCCCCAGUUUGUCCUUACGGCAGUAAAAAAUGCACAUAUGGCAACAAAUGCAAGUUUUAUCACCCAGAGCGAGGAAACAUGCCUCACAAAAUGGUGACGGAAAAGCUAGCAGAGCAAGCCAAACAGAAAAUCCAGGAGGUGCGGGAAAAUCGGAAGACUCAGGAAGGUUCAAAAGCAAAACAACCUUUGUGUAAGAAAUCCUCUCGGGGUAAAGCGGCAUUAACAAGGACCCAAUCCCUCACUCCCAAACCUCUCCCAGACAGCUUGGUGGCAGACACGCCCACGAAGCGACUUAGUGGAGACUUUGGUGAGGCAGCCAUGGAAGUGCUUCCCAGAAAUGUGGAAUACAGAGAUGUGGAGAGUGAAGAAAAAUGGAGGAGUUAUAAUGACAAACUUUCUGAGCAUCGAAAACAAGUGGAGCAGGCAGAUAAAGAGCAACAGAGGCAGAGAUCUGAAACCAUGGAAUCUCAAUUUAAUGUUAAGAUGCAGAGUGUGGAACCAUUUAACAUGGCGAGUAAAAUGGAGCAAUGUGGAUCUCGGUCAUCUUCUCCCAGGCAGAGGUCAACUCCCUCCCCACAGCUGAUGCCCCCACAGCCACAGGAGAUGUUCCUUAGUGGUCAUCUGAUGCUAGCUAAGAAGUUAUCUGAUGAAGCAGGGGAGACGAAGACUCAUAAGUCAGAGGAAAGGUUGUUUAACACAAGCCCUCCCAGUAAUUACGCUUGUCCAAGCCCACUGUCUACACCUGUUAAGCAGAACAAGCCUUUGACACAACAUCCCUCCCUCAUGUUAAACCAGCAGUUACCUCCUCACCAUCAACCUCUCUCCCAGCAGUUUUCCCAUCCUGUCCCCAUGCAGCACCAGCAUCAGAGAUUAAGUAGACAAUAUUCUCUACAAGGAUCACAAGAUCCACGCUUACGACAGGAGUGCAUGUCAUCUGCUCAUCCCUCUAGGAGACCUUUACCACAGGAUAAUUUCGGGGUUUUUGGAAUUCCUCAUAACACUUUCGCUGGAGAAAAUUUCGCUAAUCUGCCUCCACAAUUUAGUGGUAGGCCAGAUCAUCGCUAUAUAGGUGAGGAGUCUGAACAUGCAGCUUUGGCCAGAAUGCAGAGUGCUCCAGAGACAAUGUUCACAAGACAUGACAAUAAUUCACAUAAGAGAUUUGGAAGAAUGGUCCGUCAGAAUAGUUCUUCAGACACACAGAUCCACAUGAUUGGAGAUACCGAUCUAGGACCAAGUGAAUACAGUCUGUUCCCUUCAGAAUGUGUUGAUUUUAACAGAGGAAACCCACAAAAUUCCCAGUAUUCCUCAGGGAUGACCCCUCAGCGCAUGGAUCCUCGGCACUUAAGAAGUAGAGCAGUCGGCAGCUAUCCAAAACCACAAGAGUAUCGUUCACAGCAUGGUAAUGGUGAAACGAGGUGGACUUUCGAGCCUGUUUUAGGACUUGGACUCCCUGGAUAUGGGAGUCAUUAUCCAGCAAAUCAAGGCAUUGAUGCUUUUGAAUCUGAUUAUCCAUCAGUUCCAACUUGGCAAAGUCAGGAAAAUGUUAAAUAUUCUGUUGAAGAACGGUACAGAUAUCAGCAACCAUCAUAUGAUCCAUUCCAUGAGAGCAGUGGACUACCAUUUUCACAGCAUAGACCUGCAGAAAGGUGCCACUCGGGGGGAUUUUCUUUUCAGAAUCAGACUCCAUCAAACAUGUGUGCUAUGUCCAAUUUCUGUGAAAAUCAACAUUCCAUGUUACAAAACCCUUCUGGCAAACAAAGUGUAGGAAUCAUUGGAGAAGAGCAUAAACAAAGCUUAUCAAGAACAUCAUCUGCAAAUUUAAGUGGCCACCCCUCGUGUCCACAAAGUUUUGGUGCAACCAUGAACCCCAUAGGAACAUCAAUGAUGGAGGGGGCUGGAAACAGACCCAAAUUCUCCGAGUUUGCUCCUAUUGAACCCACGGACAAGAGAUAUAAUUUGUACUAUCAUUUGUGUGGACUCUUCCCAGAGCCCAAAGUUAGGAAAGUGAUGACUGAUCAUCCAGAAGAAACCAGUCCACAGGAGCUCUGUGCUCUUAUCAUUAACAUGAAAUAAUAAUUAUGAAAACCAGUAUAAAUAUUAUUUGAGAUAUUGGACAUGGUUCAGAUCUUGUAUGUACACAUAUUAAGCUUUUGUAAAGCUUACUUGUGAUUAUCAACUGUAUAUCAUAAUUUGUCUGUGUUUUUCCUCAUACAAGUGAUACAGAUGUAUUUGUUGAAGGAAAACAUACGAAUUCAUAUCACAAAGAUUUCAAAUUUUUGGUGCAAGUGGUUAAUGGAAUUUUCUUGUUUUGUUAUGUUUUUGUUGAUUCUUUUUUUUGAGUCUUGGACAAAUAUAAUGUACUAGGUGUACUUGUAAAUAAGUAUGAUCUGAUCUUUAUGAUCUGACCAAAUGUGUGCUUCUUGUCAUUAUCUUUGGCUUCUUGCUUCUUGUAAUUUUGAACUUUAUAUAUGAGCUGAAAACUUGACUGAGCUUCUAUUUCCAACAUUGGUUUUUCAUCUGAUAUAUGUCAUCUCUGGCACAUUUUUAACCUCUUCUGUAGAAUCAAUGGGCCAAGAUCAUCAAUGAAAUAAACUUGACACAAGGUAUCUUUAGGUGAAGGGAAAUCAAAAUUGUUCAAAUGGAGGGCCAUUCUCCCGAUGAAGGGGAGGACAACUAAUUAAACAAAGAGCAAAAGGGUUUGUUGUUUUACUCAAAAGCCAUAUGGCCAGAAAAUAUAAACUUAAUCAAAAAUCCUUUUUAGAGGUUAGUUUCAAAUUUUGUUUAAAUUAUGCCUUUUUUUAAAAAAAGAAAGUACUGUAGAUCACUAAAUUGUAGCAAAACCUUGUUUUCACGAAAAAGUUAUUUGGCUUUUAUAAGUAAGACAAAAUUUUCACAAUUUCUGGUUAUUGUUGUACAUACUGAGUAAUUUUCAAUAAUAAAAAUAUACAUGAGAAAUAAAUUUGGGCAAGCAGACAGUCUUGUGUAGUUACGUGAAAAUAAAGUAUUCAUGAAUAAAAAGUGAUUAACAGUAGUUGAUCCAUUAAUAGGAGUCCUGAGUAUCUACAUAGUGGAGAUAUUUGUGGGCGAAAUGUAAAAGAACCUGCAAUAUGCCAUCCGGCUAAGAAAAGGAAUAGUUUGUUGACUUGUGCAAUAUGGUUCAUUAUUGAAUGAUUUUGAAAAAAACUUUCAGUAAGAAAAUGUGAUUUUGUUACAUGUACAUAAUUCAUAGACACAUUCAUUAAUGAAAUGUAUUAAUUUGCUAAUUUUCUCAGAUUUCAGAGGAAAUAUGUGAUUUUUUUAGGAUCAUAUUUUAAUACAUCCUACUUUUUCAGUUGUUAUAAUAACCAGUGCUUUUGGUGUAUAUGAAUGAAAAGUUGUGCAUAGGUAAUUAAGCUGUUGUUUUUUCUGCAGUUUAUUUUCAGUGGGAUUAGAAAUGCACCAAAACAAAAAAUUAUCCUGAAAUCUCACACCAUCACAUUCUGUCCUACACAGUACAUCAUGUAAAUAACAAAGAUAGUGAAAAGCUGCCUUCCCCCAAAUAAUCGUACUUUUGAUAUAACAACAGUGUUAUGGGAAGGCUGGAAGGGUAUUUUUGGACAGCUAUGUUUAUACAAACUUCACUGUCUGAACCACAGAAUGGGGCAGAUACUACAUGUAUGUAUUUUAUAUUUACUGCUUGUAUAUAAUUUAAAGAACAUAUUCUGAUAUUUAUUUGCUUUCUUAGCAAUAUAUUCUUGGGGACGCAUCGUAAGUUUUUGCUUUGCCUGUAGAUAAUACAUGUAUUUAAUUCCAAGUUUGUAAUAAUCAUUGACACCAAUAGUUCUAUAGAACUUUUAAUGAUGUAAAUCAUUAUUUUUCACUUUGAAUUUGUUAUCAGCAAGUUUUUGUAUUUUGUUUCUUAAUUUGGGAUUGUAUUUUUAAUUUUAAUACCUUUAUCACGACCUCAGUAAAACACCAUUAGAUUUUUGCAUUUAUCACACGUUUUAGAGGAUGUGAAGUUACAUUCCUUGGGUACCCGUUUUUUUCCUUUUCCAGCCAAAUUUUCCCUGGCUUCAUAUCAAAUGUGAACACAGCUGUACCAUGUGUUUUUAUGGAAAUCACCAGUUAGGUGACAUGAAUGCGUAACCUCGAUGUUCGAGGAAUAUCCUAUUUUUAAAAGUGUGUUCUAUAUUGUUUCAAGUGAAAAAAAAAAAUACGCACAUAAAAAAAAACACCAUUAAGUGGUUAUAACUGUACAGGUAUAUGUAUAUAUAAUUGUUACUAGAUAAUAGAUGUAUGUGGUUCAGCUGGCUCUGGUAUGGAAGCAUUGUCUUGUAAUCAACAUGCAAAUUAUAUUUCAAAUGUGUGAAAAGGAAAAAUGAAAGUAAAUAUUCAAAGUUUUUGGUAAUAAUGUAUUGUUUUAGGAGUCUCAACUUCUUUUACUAUUUGGAAAUUUUAAUAUUUUAAGAUAAGUACAUGUGUACUGAUAUUCUAUAACAUGCAGUACUGAAAAAAAGGAACUUAAUGAAAGUCAGAAGAUAUAGGACUUAGUAAUGACAUUGUCUUCCUACCAGACAGCUAGUGUCCAUAUAAUGUAUAGAAUAUUAAAUGUGAAUAUGUAUAUAGCAGGAUGGUUGUAUGUAUCUAGGGUGAUGAUUGUAAACUGUUAUGUAUAUCUGUGAUCCCAUGUUAUAGAUAAAUUAACUGUAUAUUAAAAUCUAGUCAGGAA